GCCGCACUCCGGCGGCGGCCCCGGCGGAGCGACGGGAGGGGAGCAGAGGCGGCCGCGUGGUUAUGCGCUGGGGGCGAUGGUGCCGCCGGCCGGCGCUAGGCUUCUCCCGCGCCCGGGAAGGAGCCCCCUCCUCGGCAUCCUGCUGCUGCUGCUGCUCUGCUCCGGCGGUGGGUGCGUGCCACGCCGCCGGCCCGCGGGGCCGCCCGUGGUGCUGGUUCCGGGGGACUUAGGUAAUCAGUUGGAAGCAAAAUUAGAUAAGCCAUCAGUAGUGCACUAUCUCUGCUCUAAGAAGACUGACAGUUAUUUUACACUGUGGCUGAACUUAGAAUUGCUCCUACCUGUCAUCAUUGACUGUUGGAUUGACAAUAUCAGGCUGGUAUAUAAUAGAACAAGCAAAGUAACAGAACCACCAGAUGGAGUGGAUAUCAGAGUCCCAGGUUUUGGGCAGACAUUUUCCUUGGAAUUCCUUGAUCCGAGUAAAAGGAGCGUUGGCAGUUACUUCUAUAUGCUGGUACAGAGUUUAGUAGACUGGGGCUACAAACGUGAUGAAGAUGUAAGAGGAGCACCUUAUGACUGGCGAAAGGCACCAAAUGAGAAUGAAGAUUAUUUUGUGGCUCUUCGCAAGAUGAUAGAGUUGAUGUAUGAGCAGUAUGGAAGUCCUGUUGUCUUAAUUGCCCACAGUAUGGGUAAUAUGUAUACCCUGUACUUCCUCAAUCAUCAGACUCAGGAAUGGAAAGACAAAUACAUAAAAGACUACGUGUCCUUAGGUGCUCCAUGGGGAGGAGUGGCCAAAACUCUCCGUGUGCUGGCUUCAGGUGACAACAAUAGAAUACCAGUCAUCAGUUCACUCAAGAUACGAGACCAGCAGAGAUCAGCUGUUUCCACAAGUUGGAUGCUCCCCUACAACUACACGUGGCCUCCAGAUAAGGUCUUUGUAAGCACACCUACAGCUAACUACACCCUACGAGACUACAGAAAAUUCUACAGGGACAUUGACUUUGAAGAUGGCUGGCUCAUGAGACAAGACACUGAACCUUUGGUCUACCAGAUGAUACCACCUGGUGUACGCAUACACUGUCUUUAUGGUACUGGUGUGGAAACACCUGACUCCUUCCAUUAUGAAAGCUUUCCUGACAAAGAGCCCAAGAUUAUUUACAGUGAUGGGGAUGGUACAGUGAACUUACAGAGUGCCUUGCAAUGUCAAAAAUGGGUGGACAUGCAGAAACAGGAAGUAGUGGUAUUUGAGCUUUCAGGAAAUGAACACAUUCAAAUGCUAUCCAAUGAUACUACUAUUUCAUAUGUGAAAAAGCUGCUUUUUAAUUUGUGAUAUGUUGUGUUGACAGUUUUCCUCACCUGUGAUGCCUUCCCUUAAGUAUGGGAGAAUGCCUUUUGAUCUGUUGAUACUUAGAUAUUUGAAUUAUUUAUUUUGUUUUUUUUUAAACUAUGUUCAAGGAUUUGGUUCGUGUCCUAAACAGUUGUUUGUCUCUGAUUUGUGUUCAUGAAGUUUUGUAGUAUUUUCAUAUUCUGAAAACUUGGUCAAAUAUGCGUUUUGUUGCCUCCACUGUUGUCCAGUAUUCAUACAGACUUUCAUUUGGAGAUUGUGCAGCCCCGUGCCCAUACUUUAUAAUUUUCUUUGUGAUCUUUGAAGGGUUUGGAGUGGGAGGGCUGGGAAGCAUUACAAUUUCACUCCCCAAAUUGUUAAUAUCUUUCCCUUGUUUUAUGGAAGUCCAUACAAAUACUUCCCAAAGGGUCUUGUGUAUUCUGAUCCCACAGCCCAUUAACUUAGUUUGUAAAUGUAUGUAUCUACUAGGUAAUAUGGGUGUGAGGUCUGUUUGGUACUGUACUAUCUUUUUGUCAUAUCCACCCUUGCUUUUGUUGCUUUUGUUAUGGUUUUUAGGGGGGGGAACAAUGAUGUCUGAAUUAUUUUAAGCUUAUUUUAGGUACCUUAUAGCUUAAAAAAAGCAAAAAAGGCUUGCUUGUUGACCUUGAAAGCCUGAUGACUUAAAAUCUGGAGCCUAAGGGAUUUUCACACUGUUUUAUUUUCCAUGAGGGGAAGCAGCUGAACUGUGGUUAAUGCUUUGCUGUGUGGAGCAGCACAUAAAUUAAAGCUAAUAGAAUUGAAUACUGGCAAACAGUGCAUACAGUGCAGGAUUGCAAUUCUGGGUGGAAAAUGAUCAUCUGUAGUAGAAAUGGAUGGUGAGUAUUCAUGAAAAAUGAAGUGACCUUCCUGAACUGGGGCAGGGAGUGGAAACCAGUGUAAUUCAGUAUGAAAUAUAAACCUCAUUCUCAGUCAAAUUAACCUCUAAUUCAAUUACUGGCCAAGUAGUGAUUGCAUUUUCAGGAAGUUGAGAUUUACUGUUCCUUAAAUGUGUAGAUAAUCAAACAUGUAACUGUUAAAUUCCUACAGUACUGUUUUUAAUGUUUAGAAAGAUAUUUUCCAGCUUUGGACUCUACAGAAGUAAUAGCCUAAGGGCCAUAGCAUGUACAACUGUGGGAGAAAUAAUUUCACUGAAAGAUUCUCUUUUGCUUGCUUCAAAACUAGUCACAUAGUUAGAUUGCACUUCUUCAGAAAAGAACUUCCAAUACUUUCAAAAUGCUAGGUCCUCCAGGAAAAAAUGGCUUUAUUUCAGAAACUGAUCAGAAAUAUUGAGAAUUCAUUACUUAAGGAACCAAAGUUCUUGGAAAGGUAAAACUAUUUUGGUAAAAUCCUUGCUGCCAUCACACAUUAAGACUAAGGUACUUUUAAAUGACAGGUUUGAACUCCUAUUGUAAAAUGCAAAUACUUUGGCCUAGGAGUUAGCCUUAAAGCUUUAAAUUGUAAUUCAGAAAUCAUUCAUAAAGCUAAAAAAAAAAAAAUCAAGCUGGAGUCCUAGAUAAGCUAAGUAUCUUCCUAGGUUUGUAAUUGCUUAUUUAGCUUUGCUUUCUCCCUGCAUCUUGUAACUGAGGAUGAAGAUGCAUUUUCCUGAUGUUUAAAAAGGAAUUGUUUGUCAUGUCAUCAGUUGCCCAGUUCAGCACCUAUAUUGUCUACACUUUCUUAGAGAAUAAUUGUGCUGUCCCAAGCCACUUGUAACUGGUUACUGCUGAAAUGAAGAGGGUUGCAGGGAAAGCACACAAGUCCUUUAGUCAAGUGUUCCAUGAUGUGCAGGGCUGUUAGCUGUGUGUUCCAAGACUGCUCACAGACAAAGCUCUUCCUGUGGUCUGACUCUGUUUUUGAAUAAAUUGCUACACUACUGGCUUGACAGAAAGAAAUUACUGACAACAGUCUUUCAGUAAUCUUUCUUGCUGAAAGAGAAUGCCUGUCAAUAAGCACUCAAAUGAGUAGAGCUGAAAGCUUAGCUGGGGGCCACCAACAUGGGCAUAAAGGGCUGAAAGAUGAGAGGAGCAUAACUGUUUGCUUAUUAACCAGAUCAGGAGAAAUGUACCUAAGCUUCAUUUAGAUUCUUACUAUAUUAGUCAGUUGCAUUCUCAGUCUCAGACAAUGAGUUUAGCUUGAAGAUCCAAAACGGGUCAUUCCUAAAGAGUCUUUUUAAAACUUUAAUAUUUUUGGGGAGCACAGAAAGAAACAUUCUUUUCUAAUUUUGGGAAUCUUGUGCUGAUCAGGUAACUGUAUCUUUUUACCUGAAGGCUUGUGAACAAUUAAUCUAAAUUUAUCCUUUAUACCUGUCCAUGAGGAGAUAAGUCUGAUAGUAUGUUUAUUUAAACUUGUCAUCCUGUUACAAGAAGUUUUUUUUUAAGUCUUGGUUUUGUCUUUUAUUGUUUGUUACUAUAAAACUAUGUUGUCUGAGCAUGUGCAUAUGUGUUAGUGCAAACCAGUGUUUCUGGUGAGAGUCUGACCUGAUAAUUCCACAGACUAUAGUUCUGUUUUACAUCUACAACUUGAGAUUUUUUCUACUAGACCAUCUUCAGCCUCUUCAUUUUCAAUUUCUUGCAUAUUAGGAUGUAGCUCUCCUUGUAAAGGGAAUGCAGCAAGUAAGUUACAUUAUUCAGGUUGCUGAAACUGAACCACUCUACUCCUUUGAGAAGUGCUUACCAGGUAACUGAGGCAUUCCUCUAAAAGGCAAGAGUAUUUAGUAUUACUUUACAGACCUGCCAGAGCCAUAUGUGCUUAAGCAUUAUAGACUCUUGUGGGGGAUUAGUGUUCUGAUGCAUUAUAUCUUUAAGGAAAGAGGGACAUGCACCAAUUACUCACAAGGAGUAACGUGGCUGCUUUGCCAUGAUGCACAGUUGACAUCUUAGAACUUACUGACAUGUUUUUGUACUUUUUGUACCUAACACAUGUGGAUCAUAUCUCUUUCCAUAACUUUCUCUUGGUUUUAUUCUUCCAGAAUGUUUUUAGAAACCAAAAUUAGUCUUGAGGACCAAAUGUUUCACUUCAAGUAAAUGUACAGAAAACGCUGAAGGAGCUUUUAUCCUAAUACUUCUGAAGAGGCUCAGAGUCACUAUGUGAUUCUGUUUAAAAACAGAAUGCUUCAAUAACUA